AUGCACACAGCUGAGAGCAGCGGGCCUAACUCCAGCACAGUGCUGCACACAGGGGCGCUUAGCUGCUCCCACUGGGUCUGUUUCCCUUUCUACUCACCUCUGGAAUCUGGGAAAUUACCUCGAAGUUCCUCUUUUCCACUGGAGCCAGAAGAUGAAGCAUUUCUUGCCAUAGCUAAAGCCAUGGAGGAAAUGGUGGAAGAUAGUGUUGACUGUUACUGGAUCAUCCGAUGCUUUGUGAACCAAUUAAAUACCAAGUACCGGGAUUCUUUACCCCAGCUGCCAAAAGCUUUAGAACAAUACUUGAAUCUGGAAGAUAGCAGACUGCCGACUCAUCUGAAGAUGUGUUCUGCGGUGUCCAAACUUCCUUAUGAUCUCUGGUUCAAGAGGUGCUUUGCAGGAUGUUUGCCAGAAUCCAGUUUACAGAGGGUUUGGGAUAAAGUUGUGAGUGGAUCCUGUAAGAUCCUAGUUUUUGUAGCUGUUGAAAUUUUAUUAACCUUUAAAAUAAAAGUUAUGGCACUGAACAGUACAGAGAAGAACACAAAGUUUCUGGAAAAUAUUCCCCAGGACAGCUCGGACGCGAUCGUGAGCAAGGCCAUUGACUUGUGGCACAAACACUGUGGGACCCCGGUCCAUUCCAGCUGAAUGCAACCGCUGGUUGUGGACCGUCUUGAGCAUUUGUGUUCUUUGCAUGUGAUCUGGGAAACUGAUUGAGUAAUAGUUUUCUUGCUUUGGUGCUGAAAGUGAUUUUUUUUCCCCAAUAAAAUUAUUUAAUUGAAAAAA